CGGCUCUGUCCCGCCACCGGGAGGCGCCACCGUCACGCCGGAGAAACUUCCCGCCGCAGCGGGCUCGCACAAGCGCAAGCUGCAGGAGGGCGGCGGCGGCGAUUCGUCGAACGGCGACCCGGCGAAGCGCCCGCCGUCGGCCGUGUCGACGACGUCGUCCGACUCGGUUUGUUCGUUCAGCAAGAAGUGUCCGCUGGCUGCGAUGGAGGGUUCAGAGUCGGACGACAACAGUGCGGACGACCUGCUGCAGGAUGGAGCGAAGACAGAUGGAUCCCAGGUUUCAAAAAGGGAUUCAUUGAACUCGCUACCCGGGUCAACUCAUCGGAUCUGGUAUCCUGAGGGAAUGUCUUACCUGUCCAAGGUCGUCUUAGAAAUCCUGGAGACCGAAAGAGCGUACGUCAACGAUCUUCAAGAAAUCAUAGAGGGCUACCUGAAAUGUAUCAUCGAUACGCCAGAAGUUGCAAUCAAACCAGCGGAUGUGUGCGCUCUGUUUGGCAACAUAGAGGAAAUAUGGCGCUUCAAUAGCGAACUGCUCAAGGACUUGGAAACUCACAGCGACGAUGCUGUAGAGAUAGCCAAGUGUUUCCCACGCCACACACAUGGCUUCACUGACAUCUACACAGAGUACUGCACCAGCUAUCCUAAGUCGAUGGAGGUGCUGACAAAGUGCAUGAACCGGAAGGGGUCGGGUAACUUCUUCCGCAAUCGACAGACGCUCCUCAACCACGGCCUCCCGCUCGGCUCCUACCUGCUGAAGCCAGUUCAGAGGAUCCUCAAAUACCACCUGCUGCUGAAGAGCAUGCUAAAGGGUUACGAGGGUGAGGAGGAGGGACGAGUGGCGAUCAGCGAGGGUCUGGCUCUGAUGGAGAGUAUAGGUCUGCACAUCAACGAGAUGAAGAAGAAGCACGAGCACGCAGUCAGAGUGCAGGAGAUACAGAGCCUGCUGCACAACUGGAGGGGCGAUGAUCUAACAACUUAUGGGGAACUAGUGAUCGAGGGAGAGUUCAGGAUAGCAGGAGCGAAGGGUCUGAGGCAGUUGUUCCUGUUUGACAGCAUGCUGAUAAUCACGAAGCGGCGAGCGGAUGGUACAUACGCGUGCAAGACCUUUAUUGAGUGUUCCAACUUGAUGCUGAUAGAGAGCAUUGAUGGAGAGCCAUGCAGUUUCCACGUCAUUCCAUUCGACAGCCCAAAGUGCCAGUACACAGUGCAGGCAAAGAACGUGGAGCAGAAGCGAGAAUGGACGCAGACGUUGAAGAAGCAGAUGAUGUUGACGUACAAUGUCGAAAUACCGCCAAAGGCGAUGGAAAUCGUAAUGCAGCUUGGCCAGACUGACACCAAAGAAG